GCCUAGUUGGGGGAGAGGUAGAAAGAGAAAGAGAAAGACAUAGAAAAAUAUGACUUUAUUGAUGUCAAUAACUGAAAAACAACCAUGACAAUCAACUCAUUUUAUGGCAGCUAAACAGUAAGAAGACUGUUCCAAGAGAAUUAUUGGGUGGCCACUUGAUAACAGUUCAGUAACCUGAAGAAGAAGUCACAUGAUUUACAAAAACUGAGCUGCCUGGUAAACUCCAGUGGAACUGAAACUCAGCUACAGUCAGACAGAGCAACGAACGUGGAGAUGGUCACCUUUCUUCCUUUUCAAACUUUAUUCAAAAACAAUACAAAGUGUGUCCCAGCUGUUUUCCACGGAGACUUUCAGAAACAGGCUUGAUCUCUCUGCUGCAGUUUUCUGCUCUCUGGUGCGAGGAUUAGGAAGACACAGACUCCUCCAUCAUGGGCACCGCCGACCAGCUGCUGGAGUUGAUGUUCUCCUGGAUCGAGCAGAGGGAGCGCUGUGCAGAGCAGCUGAUGAAACUGGCCCGGGAGCUGGAGUCGCUCAGGGAGAAAUGCAACUUUAGUGAAUCUGUUGGCAGCGGAAUGUCACUGGUGGGAGCUGCAGGUCUGUUUGGGGCCGGCGUGGCUACUGUGUUGACCGCUGGAGCAGCUGCUCCACUUUUAGCUGCUGAACUUUUAGCACUUGGAGCAGGUGUAGGUGUCGCUGUCUCGGUGGUGACUAAAAUCACUGAGCACUUCUUAUCCAGCCACACCUUGAAAACGGCGCAGGAAAUAGAACAGAAGGGCAAUGAAAUUGCAGAAAGAAUCCCAAAACUGUUCCAGCAACUGAAAGAGAAGGUGAGGAAAGUUUAUAACAUCUUAGACCCAGAUGAACUGGACCGAUGUGUCGUGGCUAAAAUCCUGGGAGCCGUGGCAGGACGGCAGAUCGACAUUGCAGCUGCAGGACUGGGGCUCGACCACAUCAACAGUGAUCCUGAACUGAUUAUUAAAGUUCUUGGUAUUAUGGAAGUUUUCACACUUACAUCUACUUUACAUGGAGAAGAACUGAGAUCUUUGAUUGCUAGAGGAGUGAAGCAACUCAUCAAAAAAAUGUCUAAAACUGCAUUUAAAACAGCCUUUAAAGGAGGAGCCAUGGUUGUGGGAGGAGCUGUUGGGAUGUCGUUUGCACUUCAUGAGUUCAUUAACAACUGGAAAGAACUGAUAGCGAAGAAUCAUGUGACUGAAGCGAGCCAAUCACUGAGAGAUACAGCCGACGCUAUUCUGCAGAUGACUCGGAUACUGAGGGGACAGUUUCACGACGUGAAGAGGACAUUAAAGAGACAAGAAGAAGAAGAAACGCUCAAGAAGAAACAGGUAGAAGAAGAAAAGCUCAGGAAGAAACAGGAAGAAGAAGAACAGCUCAGGAAGAAACAGGUAGAAGAACAGCUCAGAAGAACAUCGAGAAGAACAGCUCAGGAAUAAACAGGUAGAAGAAGAAAAGAUCAGGAAGAAACAGGAAGAAGAAGAAAAGCUCAGGAAGAAACAGGUAGAAGAAGAACAGCUCAGGAAUAAACAGGUCGAAGAAGAAAAGCUCAGGAAUAAACGGGUAGAAGAAGAAAAGAUCAUGAAGAAACUGUUAGAAGAAGAAAAGCUCAGAAAACAGGAAGAAACAAGAGAAAAGCUCGGAGGAUAUAAAGCAACUGCUAGAAGAAAAUAAGCUCAGAAGAAACAGAAGAGAAGAAGAAGAAAAGCUCAGAGGAUAUUAAAGAAACUGUUAGAAGAAGAAAAGCUCAGGAAGAAACAGGAAGAAGAACAAGGAGAAAAGCUCAGGAGGAUAUUAAAGCAACUGCUAGAAGAAAAUAAGCUCAGGAAGAAACAGGAAGAAGAAGAAGAAAAGCUCAGGAGGAUAUUAAAGAAACUGUUAGAAGAAGAAAAGCUCAGGAAGAAACAGGAAGAAGAAGAAGAAGAAAAGCUCAGGAGGAUAUUAAAGAAACUGUUAGAAGAAGAAAAGGUCAGGAAGAAAGAAGAAAAAGAAGAAAAGCUCAGGAAGAAACGGGAAGAAGAAGAAA